AUGGAUUCUGUUAAUCGCCCAUCACGAAGGUCACUCUCUCAUACUGAGCUAGAAGAUGACUGUGCCAAUAACACCCUUGAAGAUAUGGGCUAUAAGCCUGAAUUGAAACGUAACCGUUCCAUUUGGCAGGUCACUUUCAUGUGCUUCAUUCUAUCAUCCGUUCCCUAUGGGUUAUCUACUACACUUUAUUAUCCUCUUGCGGCCGGUGGCCCUGUAAGCAUCAUUUGGGGCUGGGUCCUUGUCUCAUUUCUGAUCCUCUGUGUCGCAAUCUCCCUUGGUGAAAUCACAUCUGUAUACCCCACAGCUGGAGGUGUCUACUACCAAACAUUCGUCUUGUCACCACUCUGGUGCCGUCGUGUUGCCUCGUGGAUUUGUGGGUGGUCAUAUGUUGCUGGCAACAUCACCAUUACUCUAGCUGUCAAUUUCGGAACCGCCCUGCUCUUGAUCGCCUGCCUCAACGUAUUUGAAAAGUCUCCCGGAGUGGGCCUCACCGAUGACUUCCAAGCGUAUCAGACCUUCCUUGUCUUCCUGGCCCUUACACUUUUGACCCAUGCCAUAUCUGCCUUUGGAAAUAAGUGGCUUCCACUGUUGGAAACAUUUGCCAUCUUUUGGACCAUUGUCGGCCUGAUUUGUAUUGUGGUAUGCCUCUUGACCAUUGCAAAGGAAGGUCGUCGCUCGGGUGCUUGGGUAUUUGGCCACUUUGAGCCGCAAGCUGGUUGGCCAGCGGGGUGGUCUUUCUUUAUAGGUCUCCUGCAGGCGGCGUACGCCACGUCAGCCACCGGCAUGAUUAUCUCACUCUGCGAGGAAGUACACGACCCCGCGAUCAUGGUUCCCAAGGCCAUGGUUAACACCGUUAUUAUCAACACCAUUGCCGGUCUCAUCUUCCUGGUUCCCAUCUGUUUCGUACUUCCGGAUUUAACAAUGUUGGUCAACUUGGCUUCGGGUCAACCCACUCCGGUCAUUUUCAAGGCUGCCAUUGGUAAUUCUGCCGGUGCUUUCUGCCUACUCAUUCCCCUUUUGGUUCUGGGAGUUAUUUGUGGUGUGGGUUGUGUGACGGCCACUUCGCGUGGCACAUGGGCCUUUGCCCGUGAUGGAGCUAUUCCUGGCUCUAAUUGGUGGCGUGUGGUCAACAAACGUUUCGACAUUCCCUUGAAUGCCCUAGCAAUGACAAUGGUAGUUGAGAUCGCGCUUGGUGCUAUUUACUUUGGUUCUACAGCUGCCUAUAACGCAUUUUCUGGUGUCGGUGUCAUUUUCCUGACUGUGAGCUAUGCUUGCCCAGUUGCAGUUUCGCUACUCUUCCGUCGCCGGGAAGAUAUCAAAAAUGGCAGUUUCAAUUGUGGCAUCUUCGGAGUCAUUUCUAACUGGGUUGCUCUAGGAUGGAGUGUCUUUGCCAUUCCAUUAUUCUGCAUGCCCACAACUAAGUCAGUCACCAAGGAAAGUAUGAAUUAUGCAUCAGUUGUGUUUGUCGGUGUUGUGCUCAUAUCAGCUGUCUGGUACGCUGUCUGGGGCCACCAGAACUACCGAGGCCCCCCAACCGAUGCAGUAGAGCACGACAGCGACGAGUCCACCCAUGAAGCGACAUCCGAUCUCCCACAUAAAGUCAAAGUCAAUCUUUGA